AUGUUUCCGUCGUGCGAAUCAGUGGCGGCGGAAAUCGCGUUCGCGCUAGUGAGGGACCGACUCCACCUGGAGAGGACGCUUAGACGAGAGCGCGCCAAGCACGUGAGGCAAAUGGCAGAGGUGGAGAAAGAGAAGGACGCAGCUCUCAGCUACGGCAUUCUAGGGCCCCCCAAGUCCAAGCUCGCCCGCUCGAGAUCCGCCUCGCGAAUGACAGGCAGCCACGUGGCACCUGCCCCCUCCCGCUCCCUCUCAUACUCGCAGUCGAUCAGAACAGGGGAGGAGAGAGGAGGAGAGAUGAUGGGAGCAGGGGGGAGGGAGGAGGAUACGGGAAAAAGGGCAGAAGGCAGCCUGGUGGGUUCAGGAGGAAGAGCAGGAGGGGCAGCAGGAGGUGGUGUAGCAACCGAAGGCCUCCAGAGCAUCAUCGGCCAAUGGGAUCACAUCCCUGGAUCCGUCCUCGCCACGUCAGCACAGGUCCAGUCCUUCAGGGGCCGUUUCGCCUGCAUCAGCAGGAAUGGACGGUGGAGAUUCAACGCCACGCCGCGGCUGCUGCCGUGGCCGGGCGAGAUGAGUGCGUGCGACGAGAGGCACAUGGAGACGGUGCAUGGCGCGGUGGCGAUGCGUGACGCGGAUAGGGUGGUGGGGGAGGGGCGGGGGGAGGUGGAGUGGAAGGUGAGAGAAGCGCUCAAGUACGAAUGGAGGGUGGAAGGGGACGGAGAAGGGGAGGGCGUGGGCGGGGAAGGGGGAGAGGGCAGUAACAUCAGCAGUAGCAGCAGCGGCGGCGGCGGCGGCGGCGGCGGCAGCAGCAGUAGCGGUGGUGGCGGUGGUGGCGGGAGCAGUGGUGCCUCAAGCACCCCCAGCAGCAGCAACAGCCAGGGUACAUGUGGGCGGUGGGAGCGGUUUUCAGGCGAGGCACUCUGCCGGGCGAUAGCAGGGCGCAAUGUAAUGGUGGUGGGGGACUCGCUCAGCCUGCAGCUCGCGCACGCCCUGCGCUACAACACCCGCGUGGGGGCGGAGGACCCGAAAGAGCGUGUGCGGCGCGGGCAAAUCUCGGUGCUGUGCCGGCGGGUGCGGGGUGCUUCGUACUCCCCCUGGCUGUCGCCGCAGCGCUGCUGGACCGCUGUGCUGUGUGGGGAUGUGGAGGGCAGGCAGGGAGAAGGGGGUGUGCAGGGGAGGGAGGAGGGUGUGGAUGCGCAAGGGAGGCAGGAGGGUGGGGACGUGGUGGGGACGGGUGAGAGUGGGGAUGUGGAGUGGAAGAGAGAUAGCAGCAGCAGCAGCAGCAGCAGCAGGGAAAGUUCACCCCAGGCCGCUCGCUCCUCUCUUGCAUUCAACCUCUUCUUCGUGCGAGACGACUACCUGCUCUCCCCCGCCUGGCGCAACCAGUGGCUCACAAAGCGCGUGCAGGGCUCAUGGGUGGAUGAUCUGCGGCGCGAGAACGUGUCGAUUCUGAUUGUCAACCGCGGCGCGCACUUCACCCCGCACGAGUCGUUCGCGUGGGAGGUUUCGGGGCAGCUGGCUUGGCUGAGAGAGCAGUUUCCGGCUCUGCUGAUUGUUGUGCGCGGCACGCCGGCGGGGCAUAAGGGGUGCAUGCGUUACGACCGUCCCUUGGAAAGAAGAGUUGAAAAGGAUAAUUCAACCAUUAUAAUGGCUGCAGAGGAGGAGUUACGGCCGGUAGAGGCGAAUAAAGACGUGGCCGAAGCGGCUGCAGAGGAGAUUAAAGCUGUCAAUGGGGCGUCGGAGGUAGGGCAGGAGGAGGACGGGAGCGAGGAUUUCAAUAAACUGAUUCCGGAUUCCGAUUCGUCAGAUUCGGAAGCGAGUGUAGGGGAGGGGGUAAGCGACGAGGAGGAAGAGGUAGAGGGAAGGAGCGAGAAGCGAGAGGGUGCGUCUGGAGCCAAUCUGUUGGCGGCGCAGGCGCAAGCGGAGAAGAAAUCCGCAUUGCAGGCGGCGCGAUUGGCGCGCGAGCAGAAGCGCGCCGAGUCGGCGGCGGAGCGGAAGGAGCGGCGCGCGCUGAAGGACCUGUUGCGGCGGCCGUGGGGGAAAGUUGGCGGAGGGGGAGAUGGCGGAGAGGAUGGGGGGAAAGAGGAGGAGGUGCGGGGGAGUGAUGAUGAGGAAGAGGAGGAGGAGGGGGAGGGGGAGGAGGGUUCAGAUGGUGAAGGGGAUGAUGAGGCGGAGGAGGGGGAAGAAGAGGAAGGAGAGGAGGGAGAAGAGGGGGAAGAGGGGGAGGAGGACGAUGAGGAGGAAGAGGGCGAAGAAAGCGAAGAGGAAGCGGAGGCGGAAGAGGGGGAGGAGCGAGAGGGGCGGGAGGGCGAGGGCGCGGGUCAUGCGGCGGAGGAGAGCGACUCCUCGGAGGACGAGCGCCCAUCGCGCAACACGGUGGGCAGGGUGCCCCUAGAGUGGUACAAGGAGGAGGGGCACAUCGGGUACGACAGGGAGGGGAAGCGCAUUAUGAAGCAAAAGGGGCGCGCCUCUAAGGGGGACAAGCUGGACGAGUUCCUCGCCCACACCGACGACCCUGACGCCUGGAAGGUGGUGUAUGACGAGUACAAUGACGAGGAGAUCCGGCUGACAGAGGAGGAUAUUGAUAUGAUCCGCCGAAUCAGGGAGGGGCGCACCCCGCACGCGCACGUCGACCCCUACGAGCCGUACCUGGACUGGUUCGACUGGGACGAGAAGUGGGACCCGCUUAACGCCCAGCCGGAACCCAAGAGGCGCUUCACCCCCUCCAAGCAUGAGGCCAAGCAGAUAGUGCGGCUGGUGCGGGGACUGAGAAAAGGAACGAUCAAGACGCUAGCGCAGAGGGAGAAGGAGCGGAAGCAGAAGGAGAGCGAGGGGCAGCAGCAGGCGGUGUACCUGCUGUGGGGGGACGACCUUAAAGCCAUUGCCUCUCAGUCUGACAAGACCAAGAACGUCAACGGACUCAGCUUCGUCGCCGCCCCUAAACCCAAACUGCCAGGCCACGAGGAGUCGUACAACCCGCCGGUGGAGUACAUACCCACGGAGGAGGAGGUGGCUAGACUUCUCAAGUACAUGAUGCAGGCGGAGUACGAAGGCACCUCCGACUCGCUCUUCGUGCCCAAGCAGUACGUUCUGUCACUGUCUGCUGUGAGUGCUGUUUUGAAAGGCAUGCAGGCGGAGUACGAAGGCACCUCCGACUCCCUCUUCAUGCCCAAGCAGUACACGUCCCUGCGCUCCGUGCCGGCGUAUCCUCGCUUCAUCCGAGAGCGCUUUGAGCGCUGCCUCGACCUCUACCUGUGCCCUCUAAUCCACUCCUCCCCCCCCCCAACCACCACCACCACCACCACCACCACCACCACCACCACCACCACCACCACCACCACCACCACCACCACCACCACCACCACCACCACCACCACCACCACCACCACCACCACCACCACCACCACCACCACCACCACCACCAUCAGGUACAAGUCCCUGCGCGCCGUGCCGGCGUAUCCGCGCUUCAUCCGUGAGCGUUUUGAGCGCUGCCUGGACCUCUACCUGUGCCCUCGCGUCAAGAAGAACCGGAUUAUGAUCGACCCUGACGCGCUGCUCCCCAAGCUGCCCAAGAGGAAGGAUCUGCGUCCCUUCCCCCACUCCCUCUCUCUGCGCUACCUGGGCCAUCGCGCCACCGUGCGAUCACUCUCCCUGCACCCCUCCGGGCAAUGGCUUGCCUCAGGCAGCGAUGACGGCACAGUGAGGGUGUGGGAGGUGGACACCACUCGGUGCCGGCGGGUCAUCCAGAUGCCAACGGCAGUCAAACACGUGGCAUGGAGCCCUGCUUCCUCCCGCCCCAUCCUCGCCAUCACCUC